CUGUAAGCAAUGGGCUAAAUUUAGAACUGGGAAUUCCUCGAUUUGUAACUGUGUGCCUUCUUUAUUUGUAUGAGCCGUGUUCAGAUUAUCGAGUCAGUUGGACCUUCAACGGAUACCGAGCAUACCUUCGACUUGAAAGUUACAGCUUAACGAUAACUAGCUACAAUGGACCACACUGAAAAAGGUCAUAUUGACCCUCCACCUAAAUAUGAGCCGCCCACAGCUGGAUAUCAUGUAGAUCCAAAUCAGCAUGGGGGUCACCCACCCUCGGGUUACCCGCCCUCAGGUUACCCCCUUGCAGGUGCCCCCCCUCCCCAAGGCUAUCAAGCAUCUUCUGGCCAGACAACUGUCAUUGUUCAGCCAAUGAAUAUGCCUUUGCCUGGUGCCAACUUCCGUUUCAUGCAGUUUCCAGCAUAUAUUGUUUGUCAGCACUGUCAAGCCACAGUGACCACAUCAACAGAGUACACUACUGGUCUCUUGACCUGGGCAGUGGCUGGAGUCAUUUGUUUAUUUGGGCUCUGGCUAGGGUGUUGCUUGAUUCCUUUCUGUAUUGACGGCACCAAAGAUGUCAUACACAGAUGUCCAAACUGUAAACAGGUUGUUGGGAAAUUUGCACACUUUUAAAAGCUGCAAGCUCUAUUUAUUGGUGAUGCCAUUGUUUUAUUGUUUCAUACAUAACAGAGCGAGCACAACCAAAAAAAAAAAUUCUUGAUCUAUAGAAGUAACACCUUGGACAUUUACUGGAAGGCAGACAUAAACUUUACUUAGUAUUUUACCAACAAACUAGCCUUCCCAACCUUUUGUAACCUUUAGGCACAACUCAGUACAGAAGUACUGGUGCAUUGAAUCACUUCAUAUUUACUUAUGAGAAUAUUUAUAACACAGUGAUUAAACUAAUGAGGGUAAACAGGUUGUUGUGUUAUGAACAUUUUAUUUUUCACACCUAUAUUGUAAACCAAAUUGUGUGGAAAUAUGCCACUAAAUCUGAGCUAGCAUUUUUAAAUGAAGAAAUGCUUUUUUUUUUGCUCGUAUUUUUAUAAAUCCACAUCAAUUGUUUUAUUAUAAGCUUGUCAAAAUAUAUACAAUUGAACAUGGCAAUACUUAUGUUGUAAUUGUAAGCUAGGCAUAUGUCAUUUCUGCUGAUAGUUUACCAAUAUUAAAUAAAAAUAUUGCUCACAUUUUUUUAAUAUGCAAAUCAUUUAGAGAACUAUUUCUGUUUAUUCACCUAAUAAUGGGAUACAGGUCUUGUGACAUUCAUGUCAUUUGCAGUGCAUAUUUUAGCUUUAGUAUUCCUUGUAUUAUGCUUCUGCUGUAAGUAUUUCAUUCAUUGUCUUAUACAUGUAGCUCAUAAUGUAAAGCCUGAAAAAUGUUUAGUUAAAAAAAGACUUAUAUUUAAAGCUUUGAAACAUUGAGCAUUCACUGAAGAUUCCACUCCAGGAGUUAAUUUGGCCACAUGGCACUUCAGCUAUAGAAACAGAAACAAGCUUUGCCCUAAUCAAUUUCAGAUAGUUCACCAUUUUUUUAAAGAUACUACAUUUACCAUUAUUAUAUGUACAUGUAUUUAUACAUAUAUAUAUAUAUAAAUUUUUAACUCUCUUUUUAUCACUGUCAUAGAUAAAAUGUUUGUCAAAUUAGCGUUAUUACAUACAGUCCAAAAACCAGUGUUGCCACUUUUUCAAUCUUGCCUUCAAGAGAUGUAAAUGCCUUAGAUCAAAUAUGUUUAUGUCAGCUGACUCUAAUGUGUUAAGACAUAAUUGCAUGUAGUACACUAAAUGUACACUUCUUUAUUAAUGUAUCCAUUUCAUUAGUUUUACAUUCUUCAAAAUAUAAAUGAAUAAAUAAAUAUAGCCUACAGUUCUGACUAAACAAAAAUGAAGAUGAGUCAGUAAUGUAAAUAAUUAGUACUUUGCUUUAAUUAUGUCUCAUUAAAGACUUUUUGUUUGUUUGUCACCUUCAGUCCAAAUAAAAAAUCAACUUUGGUUCAUCUCAUUGAGCACUCCAUAAUAAUAAUAAUAAUUUUAUUUAUAAAGUGCUAUUAACAAAACAAAAUGUAGGCUCAAAAUGUAGGCUUGAGGUGCUGUGAUAGCAUUACAAAUAUAAACACGAGAGCUAAAAUGACUAACUAAUCUAAAAACGUUUUAAUAAUUUUCAUCUUGUGGCUUUAGCCCAUACAUCACAGGUAAAAGUGGCACCUUCUUGGGUGUAAGACAAUCCAGUCAUUCUUUAUGUUUUUCUUAAUGGGCUAAUGUCAUUGCUAGUUGAUGUCAGUAGCUUCUUAGUAACCAACUCUCUCCACAUAGUGUGGACAAGGCUAAGUCUUCCCAAAAAUCAACAUAUAUGUUUACUACUUAAUAUCCUGUCUGAUUAUAUCUACAAUUGGAUAGACCAGUUUUCUUUGUGCCUGUCACUAAUUGCCCAAAAGAGCAUAACUUUAAGCACCAUAUGGUAGCCAUGACCAAUCCAAGCAGGUGAAAUUGCCUAAGAAUGGAGAGAACAGUUUGAGCAGCUAUCACAGACCUCAGUGUGAUCUUUGUUUUAUAUUAGUAGUACUUUAAAAUCUAAGAACCCAAUAGCAACUUGAACAGAAUCUAAGGUUAUCGAUUACUAUGUUUAUACUGCUUUCUACAGUGUGCCUUAAGAGAUUUAGGAAUAGAAGAUGCACAUCUUAAGCAUUGUCGUUUCUUACUUAGAAGAAAUUUUGGUACUUGGCAGUACCUUGAUGCUUAUUAGAAUUGUAUAUUUAUUUAUAGUUGUCAAAAUUUUAUAAUCAUUUGUAAAAUAAAUGUUUUUAAUAAACA